AUAUAAACCGGGGCUCCAGGUGAAGUCCUCUCAUCGACAAGAUCACACAGCAACCAUGAGGUCUCUGGUCUUCGUUCUGCUCAUCGGAGCUGCUUUUGCCACAGAGGACGACAAGAUCGUCGGAGGGUAUGAGUGCCAGGCCCACUCCCAGCCCCAUCAGGUGUCUCUGAACUCUGGCUACCACUUCUGUGGUGGUUCCCUGGUCAAUGAGAACUGGGUUGUGUCUGCUGCUCACUGCUACAAGUCCCGUAUUCAGGUGCGUCUUGGAGAGCACCACAUCAGGGUCUCUGAGGGAACCGAGCAGUUCAUCAGCUCCUCCCGUGUCAUCCGCAACCCCAACUACAACCCCUACACCAUCGACAAUGACAUCAUGCUGAUCAAGCUGAGCGAGCCUGCCACCCUCAACGAGUUUGUGCAGCCUGUGGCUCUGCCAACCAGCUGCGCCCCCGCUGGCACCAUGUGUCUUGUCUCUGGCUGGGGCAACACCAUGAGCUCCGUUGAUGACGGUGACAAGCUGCAGUGCCUGGACCUCCCCAUCCUCCCCCAAACCGACUGUGACAACGCCUACCCUGGCAUGAUCACUGAUGCCAUGUUCUGUGCUGGAUUCCUGGAGGGCGGCAAGGAUUCCUGCCAGGGUGACUCUGGUGGCCCCGUUGUGUGCAACGGUGAGCUGCAGGGUGUCGUGUCCUGGGGAUACGGAUGUGCUGAGAGGGACCACCCUGGUGUCUACUGCAGGGUGUGCCUCUUCAACCAGUGGCUGGAGGAGACCAUGGCCAGCAAUUAAAUCUGAUCAUGUGACCAUCAUCUUAUUCUGCUGCCUCUCUUCCAUUAUUCUAACUCCAGUAAUGUUGUAGUUUUGAACAAUGUGCAGCCAUUUCUCAUCUGCAUCA